CACAGAACUGCAUAACAGCCAUUACAAAACGUGGUCCAACAAUGAACUGUAUAUUCACAGCAAAAAUGAGUGUGAAAAUAUGUGAUAAUUGCCUAGACAAAGAAGAGAAUGGUUAUCCAGAGUCCAUUCCUUCAUGUGGCAGCUAUUAUCCUACUUUACUGGAUUGUGUCAAUUUCUAUGGUGUUUGUCAACAAACACAUCCUCAGUGGAGCUUAUGUGGAUACAGACUUAUCAAUCUUCAUUGCCUGGUACCAGAGUUUAGCUGCGGUGACCAUUAUACAGGUCAUAGGAUGCAUGAGGAAAUUUUGUAGAAAUUGUUUUAAAGUGCCAGAAGUUGAUUUCCAAACUCUCUUACACUGUGACAUACUGAAACUAUCCCUGUCUUUCAUCAUGAGUAUAGCCCUCAACAACUUAAUGUUGAAGCAUAUUGGAGUGGCUUUCUAUCAAGUUGCACGGUCUUUUACAUUAAUUUUUACCAUCAUCUUGUCUUCCAGGAUGUUAAAGCAACCCCUCACUUGGAAGGCCUUAUUAGCUUGCCUGUGUAUUAUCACUGGGUUUGUGAUUGGGAUUGAUCAAGAAAAUGAUACAGGGACACUAAGUGUUUGGGGCAUCAUUUAUGGAUUGCUGGCCAGUUUUAGUGCCGCUAUAUGUGGAGUGUACUUUAAAAGAGCUGAGAGUUUACAUAAUGGUGACAGUUUGAAGCAGGCCUAUUACAACAACAUUAACUGUCUCCUUCUCCUGUCUCCUCUUGUCUACAGCACGGGGCAGGCCCGGCAGGUCCUCCAGUCACAGACGUCCUCGGCCCUGGAUUUCUGGAUUCUCUUGACUUUGUCUGGAGUUCUCUCCCUUGCUAUUGGAUGGGUCAGUGCUCUACAGAUAAAGGUUACCUCCCCUGUUACCCAUCAUAUCAGCAUUAAUGCCAAGUCUGUAACUCAGACAAUCAUUGCUAUUUUAUAUUACAAGGAACAGAAAACAGUGCUGUGGUGGUGUGGAAAUAUGCUCGUCAUUUGUGGAGUUUUGUUAUAUGCAUUGAUCAAAACAACCAAACAAGUCGCACAAAAAUCAAAUUCCUCCUCUUCGAGUUUAUUGAUUUCAGCAUAAUUUUAUUUAUUUGUUGGAUUAAUGAUGUAUAAUUUAUAAAUUAUCCACCAGAGUU